UAGUCUGCUUAACCAGAAGAAGAAGAAGAAGCAGCCCUGACAGCGUCCUCUCCAGCAUGGAAGAAGCCACAGAAAGCACACAUGGUUGUGGGAACACCUCGGAUCCAGAAGAAGACAGAUGCUCAGAUAGUGAUUUUGGACCUUCAAAACUCGGAACAAAAGAAUAUUGGGAAGAUGCAUACCAAAAAGAACUUGAGACAUUCAAAGACAUCGGGGACGUUGGUGAGAUUUGGUUUGGCGAGGAAAGCAUGAGCCGCAUUCUGCGAUGGAUGGACAGAGCUAACAUCCCAGAAAAUGCUGCCAUUCUUGACAUUGGCACUGGAAAUGGAGCUUUUUUAGUUGAACUGGCGAAACACGGUUACAGGAAUCUGACGGGGAUAGAUUAUUCUCCAGCAUCUGUAGAAUUGUCCAAAAACGUCCUGCAGGCGGAGGACUUGACGGAUGUGACUGUAAAGGAGGUGGAUUUCUUAAACUGUCAAGGGGAAAUAAAGGGUUUUGAUGUCUGCAUCGACAAAGGAACUUUUGAUGCAAUAAGCCUAAACCCAGACAACACCACAGAGGUCAAAAAACUCUACGUACAAGCUCUUAAAGAUGCUCUUAAGGACCAAGGACUCUUCGCUAUUACUUCCUGUAACUGGACAAAAGAGCAGCUGCUAGAUCGAUUCAGUGAAGGAUUUGAAUUUGUACAGGAGUUGCCUACACCCAGUUUCCAAUUCGGAGGCAAGAUUGGCAACAGUGUGACAGCGCUCAUCUUCAAGAGAGUACACUGAUUUUCAAAGCAGCAGCGUAGGAGGAAAUUUGUUGUUUUUUGUCCCAUCAACUCUGCAGCCUUGUGUUUAUCACAGGAAAUCACAGAACCUGUACCAGUACAUCAUGACAUGAUCAUACAGGAACUGAUUAUUUACUAUUCCUUUUUUAAAAAACAGUAUAUGACAAAGCAGACAUACAGUGCAAUUGAGUGGGACAGUUCUUUUGAAAUAAAUUAAUCUGUUUUGUAUCGUU